AUGACGAUUGCAAGUACAAUACUGGGCCCUAUGGGUCUGAAGCGCAAUAACCUUGGAGGUGAUCUGGGAGGACUCCGUGUCGACCCAUCCGAAAAGACAAGUAAGGAUCAGGGUCUUUUGUCGAUCUAUGCUCAGGUGUCAGUCAGUGACGGCGAGGAAAAAGAAACGUUUUGCGGAGAAUAUUGGAUGAACCGCUGCUGCACGGGUCGUGUCGUGGUGAUGCUCAGGAGUGAGUCAAGCCAAUCACCCAAUAAAACAGUCAAAGCCAUCAGCUUGCAGGAACGAAAAGUCAAAGCGAGGGGGAACGCGAAAGUGAGGCUUAACUCAAGACCUGCAAGGCAAGCGCCAGGAGGUGUCAGUUACGGUGUUGGUGCUACCUGCCAUAAUGAUUCAUGUGACUAA